AUGACAAAUGGUAACGGUUAUCCUUCAACUAGCACAAACAGUUUCGUCUCCUUCAAUAAUUAUGUACCCCGUCAAACGACCUCGAGCAGUUCUGCAGGCUCGUUUGCUGGGUCACCGACAUUCAAAAUCGACUCCGAGGACGCAACUGGAGCAACACACAGAUACAUGGUUAAUAAAUCGUCUGCCAGACUGCCAAGACAGCGACGGCCGUUCGCAGGUGCUUACCAGCCGCAGGCGACUUACACCGCGAGGCGUCAAAAUGUCAUGUAUUUCGAACCUGGCACGGAGGUGGAUAGCCCGACCUUGAACAUCCGGUCUGCGCGUGCUACUGGUACCAUCGAACAAGUCGUUACUCGCCACUCAGUAUCGUGGACUUAA